UACCUGUCAGCAGAACGCCUGUACAACAUAAACCUCUAACUUUGAAAGAAAGUCUUCACUUCACAGCUGAUGACUCUCUUUAGACGGUGCUAGGAGCGCUUCAGUCAAAGGAGGGAAAGGAAACUAACCACCUUUUGGCUAAGCCGACAUUGAAAAACCUGGGUGGACCAUGUCUAAUGACGUUGACUUCAUGUCUGUGCGUCUUCUGAAAAACGAUGGGAUGGGCUUGCAGAAGUACUCCUAUAUGAAUGAAGACGAAGCUUGGAAGAGUUAUCUGGAGAAUCCUCUAACAGCGGCCACCAAGGCCAUGAUGAGAGUAAAUGGGGAUGAUGACAGCGUAGCAGCCCUGAGUCUCCUCUACGACUACUAUAUGGUUCCAAAAGAAAAGCGAAUCCUUCCAUCUGGAACACCAGGGCGCAGUGAAGUAGGGAAGAGGCAUUGCCAUGGGAUGGAAUACGAACCAGAGAUUUCUUCCUUUGAAGGUUCUGCUCAGCUCAUGAAGCUUCUGGCUGAAAACGUUUCAGUGAACCAAGAAUAUCUGGACUUGCCCAAGAAGAACGGUUUAGCCUUUGAGGGCAUCUCAUCUCCUCACAAGCCACCAGCUCUGCCUCCAGGUCCCAGCAAACUAGAGAGCAAUCCUGAAAAUUAUAUGAUUACUUCAGGAGACAUGUAUGACAACGGCUCGCUUAAUUCCCUCUUUGACUCCAUCCACGUGGCUCCACCCCAACAGAGAUGGCAACCAGAUAGCACCUUCAAAGAGGACCCUGAGGAGUCCUUGAUCUUCAAUGAUAUUUUGAAGGCAGAAGCUCCGUGUUCAGAAGGUUAUUCCAUCAGUGAUGGCAAGACUGACUUUGAAUACACCUUGGGAUCCCCCAAAGCUAUUCAUAUCAAGGCAGGCGACUCACCCAUGGCGUACCUCAACAAAGGACAGUUCUACCCGGUGACUCUGAGGACAGUUGGAGACGCCAAAUGUUUACACCUGUCCUCAAACAAAGUGAAGAGUGUGGUGAUGGUAGUUUUCGACAAUGAGAAGAUUCCAAUGGAACAGCUCAAAUUCUGGAAACACUGGCAUUCGCGCCAACCGACAGCGAAACAGCGAGUCAUCGAUGUUGCUGACUGUAAAGAGAAUUUCAAUACUGUGCAGCAUAUUGAAGAGGUCGCUUACAAUGCCUUAUCCUUCGUCUGGAAUAUCGCUGAAGAAGCAAAGGUGUUCAUCGGCGUGAACUGCCUGAGCACGGACUUCUCCUCUCAAAAAGGCGUGAAGGGUGUCCCACUGAACCUCCAGAUCGACACUUAUGACUACAGCACUGGGACAAACCGGCUGGUCCAUCGAGCUGUCUGCCAGAUCAAAAUAUUUUGCGAUAAGGGAGCAGAGAGGAAAAUGCGGGAUGAUGAACGCAAACAGUUCAGGAGGAAAGGAAAAUGCUUGGAUGCCAAUAAUAACGGUUUGAAAAGCUGUUUAGUUUCAAGCUUUCGCAGCAAUGAAAUCACUUACCUCAAGCCCCAAAGUGACUUGGAAACCCAACCGGUCUUAUUCAUCCCAAAUGUUCAUUUUUCAAACCUCCAAAGAUGUGCAACGGUAUUACCUACUGCUGGAGCUCCACACGAUUCCCACAGCUUGCCCUUAAAGCGGAGCUGCCCUUCCUUCCCCGACGAAUUUGAUCCCAUAGCCGCAAAACAAGCAAAAGAAGAAGACCCCCAACGAGUUCUACUCUAUGUUCGACGGGAAUCAGAGGAAGUUUUUGACGCUCUCAUGCUGAAGACUCCCGAUCUCAAAGGCUUGAGAAAUGCGAUUUCAGAAAAAUAUGGCCUGCCAGAAGAAAGCAUCUAUAAAGUCUACAAAAAGUGCAAACGAGGCAUCUUGGUAAACAUGGACAACAACAUAAUCCAACAUUACAGCAACCAUAUGGCUUUCCUCCUCGAUGUGGUGGAAGCUGAGGAGAAGUUCCAGGUGACCCUCAAGGAGCUCUGAAGACUUCAAAACCUGCACUUCUGUGGGAUGAUUGACAGCGGGGCGGAGUUUCACUCUCCUUCUGCGCAAGCCCAACCCAUCAGUUUGGAGUAUUUGACUGGUCCGCGACCCCCUUUGAAGGGGGAGAAGUAACCAGAGAUGGUGGCCGAGCUCUACAUGUGAAGAGGGUGUAGAAGAUCCAUUCUCAAUGUGAAUGUGGAACUUCUCUCCGUUAUUGUUACUACUGUUGCUAUUGUUAUUAUUAUUGUUAUUAUUUUAUACUAUAUUAUGAUGCCGGUUGUCUGCCAGACGGAGAAUUCUAACCUUUUUUCCCCGUUCCAAACUUAGGGGGGGAAAAGCUCUUGUCAGGUAGCAGUGCCUAAAUCUCCUUUGUUUUGCUUUUUUGGAAAUGGUUUAGUGUCAACUCUUGGGGCCAGGAGGCAAAAACCAAGUUCUAGACAUGGUGAAUUUUCAAACUAGCUUCGAAGACACAGCCCUGCGGCUCCUCUCACCCUACGUCCCUUCUUGCCUCAGAGGCCUGGAUGUCCUCAUCCAGAGCAACCGUGACUGUUUUAUACAUUUCCGAUGCCUUUUUGUUAUUUUAUAAAUAUCCAAACAUGUGCACGUGUAUAAAUAUACCUUGUUUUAUAUAUUGACAUGGAGGAAAGUACAGCAUUUCAAAACCAGCUGCCUCACAGUUCCCUCCCCCACUCCCCGGGCUGUCUUUCCCCCUCCACCCUUCUUCGUUCAUUUUUCUAACUUUUUUUUUUUUUGUAUAUUCUAUUGUAAUAAAGAUUCAGUGACAAGAAA